UCAGCGUGGAAAGCAACGAGAAUGGCCGGAGUGACGCACUUGCCGAAAGCUCGUUGGUUGGCUUGGUUCCGCUCUGCAGGUCGGGUGUCUAAUCUCUGCUGACCGUUAAGUGUGCAAAAGAAGGAAAGAAGCUGCCGGAAUGAUGAAGAUCUUCAUGCUGAUGGCCCUGGUUGCAGUAGCGAAGGCAAUGGAUCAUGAGGACUCGGAUGAAGACACUCAUGAGGACAUGACGGAUACUGGGAGAAUUUUUGGAGUUGGGAGGCUCUCCGCAGGGUGUCUGACUAAAUUCCAAGAGUGCAUUAGCAUUUCACCGCUCUCUGGAAGUUGUUUUGAUCAGCUAAUAGACUGUGAUAAUACGGUAACGGUUACUGUUGGCGGAACCAAAGGGACCAAAACCGGUGCGGCGACAGGGACCAAAACCGGUGGGGCGACAGGGACCAAAACCGGUGGAGCGGCAGGGACCAAAGCCGGUGGAGCGGCAGGGACCAAAGACGGCAGGACCAAAGCCGGUGAUAACCAAAGCAGGGACCAAAGCCGGCGGCAGGACCAAAGCCGGACCAAAGCCGGUGGGGCGGCAGGGACCAAAGCCGAUCUAAAACUACACGAUCGUGUAAAUGAAACUAUAUCUGCUAGACAAAACCAAGAUUAG